AACUUGUGUGUGUGUGUGUGUGUGUGUGUGUGUGUGUUAGAUGACGCGUCUCCGCUUCUGCUUUCGCAGCGCGAGCCCACAGGCGCACUUCUGCAGACGGAGUUUCCGGAGCUGCACGCUCACACACACACACUUUCUCUUUCUCUUAUUGUCUCUCCGUGUCUCUCGAACAGCGAUGAAGGAGCAAAGCUGCACGGAGGAGAUCACGACCAUCCUUCAGCAAGCCCCAGACGCACGAAAUGCGCUCCUGGAAAACUACAACAACCUGCGCAAUGUGGCCGAAUACUGCGAGAGCAGCUACCUCCAGGCAGGAGGAGAUACGAUUAAAGCUCUGGAGGAAACCAAGGCCUUCACCACUCAGUCUUUAGCUAGCGUGGCCUACCAGAUUAGCACGCUAGCCACCAGCGUACUCAAACUGCUGGAUGCUCAGUGCUCACAGCUCCGUCACAUUGAGUCCAACAUCAACCUCAUCGGACUGACUGUAGAUAUGCACCGGGAGAAGGUGGCACGUCGAGAGAUCGGUGCUUUCACUGUUGGUAAGAGAUACUCGAGGAGCAGUAAAAUCAUCCUACCUCCAGCCAGUAAAGAUCCUAAACCCAAAUACAGCCGUACACCGAUCUCCUACAGCGGCCUGGACACACUGGGGCAUGGCAUGAAGGACUCGAAGCCACAGGAAAGAAAAGCGACCAUAAACCGCAAGCAUGGCGGCACACUCAGUAGGAAUCGUCCAACCGAGUGUCCCGUGGCUCCCACUUUGUCUCGUGGAGCAUCUAUAACCUCGCUCAGCGACAAAUCUACGACCUCCAGUUUUGGGAAAGCAGUUCCUCCUCCAGUCGUACCCAGCUGGCCGAUGACAUCCGAGCCUGACAUCGUCAGCACACUCCUGGAGGACACGCCCCCUCCUCCACCCCCAGUGAUGGAUGGAGUAGGGGAAGUGAGGUCUGAGAUUGUUGUAGCUCCACCCCCUGCUCCUCCUCCUCCUGACAUGUGUGAUUUCCUUCCUCCUCCACCUCUUGAUCCUAUGGAGGAGAUCCAUGAGUUAGAUCCCGGUCCACCGCUGGAGACCGUGCUUGAAGAGAAUGGCCUUCCUCCCCCAGAGACUGAUGGGCUCCAUCUUCCUGCUCCUCCUCCUCCUCCUCCCCUUCCACAGGCCCUGGAGAAUGGAGAAGCUCGCCGCUCUCGCCGUUAUCGGGGGCGUCGCCCUCCCAGCACCCGCUCUCUAUCUUUGCGGCUUCGCCCAGGCUCCGCCCCCCGCUCGCUGCACACGCGCUCGCUUUUCCUGUCCAACAGCCAAUCACUCAUUAUUCCCCCGCCCCCUCCAUACCCGCCUCCUCUGGCUCCGCCCACUUUGAGCUCUCUGUGCCGGAUUCCUGCUCGGCUGCAGCACCUGGACCUGGAGAUUCCUGCUCCUCCACCUCCUCCACCCAUGGACUGCAUCGAUGGUUUCGAGGAGGUUCCUCUACCUCCACCUGUGGACUAUGACACCUCUGCUCCUGCACAGUACUUGGAGAAAGUGGUGGCUCUUUACAGCUAUGAACCAGGCAAACCGGGGGAGUUGUCCUUUCAGGAAGGAGACGUGAUCUACCUGACCAAGAUGAACGAUAACGGCUGGUGCGAGGGCAUCCUGAACGGCAUGGAGGGAUACUUCCCUAGAAAUUAUGUCACAUCCGAGACCUAAAUGAGCGCUGGAACACAAAAUGCCUAAAUUUAUUUUUUCUUUAAACAUCAAAAGGAUGAUAUUGAUGUGUUCCUUUAGAGAAAUUCUAAAUAUAUGUUUGAUUAUUGUAUACGUCAAGAACAAAGAUUUUGUAUCAAAUUAUAAAUGUUUCUAUAUAGCAUCGUUAAUGUUCCAAAGCAAAUAAUUUAUGUAUUUAUUAACACCAACUAACACAGAAAACCUGAUCAGUCUUGCCUGAGUGCCUUCUAACGAUCGCUUUUCCCAGAAUGCAUUGUUGUCUCUUUGUUUGCUUUGUAGGAGUGUUGGAUGUUGUUAGAACUUCUUCUUCUUAGUCGUCUUCUUGAAUAAAAUCUCUCCAUUUAUUGGC